AGACCAUUUCGGCGACCCGCGGAGUGCAUAAUGAUUUAUAGUAGUCAGAGCUCCGUGAAGCCAUACGGAUAGAGCUUUUCGCGCGCGAUUCGAGAAACGACACAGAGCGCAGGGAAGACGGGAGAGGACCAGAAAGUCAGUCAGGAUUCAGCAACACGAGAGACGCUUCAGACGGAUCGGGAAUCUAAACAUGGGACUUCUGCACUUGACCGUGGCCUUGGUCGUGAUGACGACGGCAGCGACGGCGCAAAACCGGGACCUAUCUGUUGGGCGUGGGUCGUAUGGCCGUGAGACCGUCGUUUACCCCAUGUUCAAGCAGCACGAGCCGUCCUGCGAGCAGCUACGGGCCAUGUGGCGGGCGUCCAAACGCCAGUCCCGCGCCGCCGAAAUCACCAAUGAGAUCCCCCGCACCCGCGACCCGUUCGUCUACCCGUUCCACUCCUACAACCGCUACUACCCCUAUCCGCAGCAGUUCUUUUCCAGGUUCGGAGUGCGCCGUCCGUCGACGUUCUUUCCGACCCAGCAGCCGGAGGCAUACGGGGCCUUGUCACCCGUGGACCCGGGUUCGGACGGAGCCUACAACCAGCAGCGAUACUCGAUCGGCUCCUCAGCAGGGAGCUUCAACAUCCUCCGCGAUUUAGUGAGCCAGGAGCGGAUGCAGGAACAAGCACGAGAGAUGCAAAGGGGACAAGGAGGUCAGUUGGAUGACGCCAUGUUCGAAGGCCGACCUCCGCCAUCGCGCAACACGGCGCCUGUUUUCGGUCGCAUUUUCUACUCUCCCGAGGACAGGGCCAAGUAUCGCGAAGAAGUGAGUCGACUUAUAUACCAGUAGUAAAUUCAGACG